AUGGAGAUGGAUAUGAAAAAGUGCAGCGGUGAUUGGUCCGAAUUCAUCGACCUAGAAGGAGGUGGUGGAUCCGUCAUUGGCUUUAGCGAGCUAGAUAUCGACAUGUCCAACUCGGCAAGAACGACGGUGAAGCUUUGCAAAAAUAAACUGAUGAUGCUUGAACAGGGGAGAGGCGGCGGGUCUGGGGUACAAGCGGAUCUGGAGGCUCCACCGGUUUUUGAAAGUACGGCCACGCCGGAGUUAGUAUCCCCGUAA